AUGUAUAAGACAAAAAUUUUAUUUUUUUUCUUGCCAACACAGGCCCCAGCAGAAAAUGAGGCAGCAUAUGUUUGUAGGAAGGGGUUUCAUGCCAUAAAUAUGCAAGCUGUUGUUGACAGUAAUAUGAGAUUUCUGGAUAUUGUUGCAAGGUGGCCUGGAUCUCAACAUGAUUCUUUCAUCUUCAACAAUUGUGGAUUGAAGGAUGUUUUGGAGUCUGCUGAUUUAGGAUAUCUCCUUGGAGACAGUGGCUAUCCACUGAGAAGUUACCUUAUGACACCAAUUUUAAAUCCUUCAUCGGUUGCUGAAGUAAACUUCAAUAAUCGUCACAGUUCUGGCCGUUCUGUUGUAGAAAAGGCUUUUGGGGUUCUCAAAUCCAGAUUCAGGUAAUAUAUACAUGUAAAU